AUGCCCAAUUCCUCCCACCACACGACGAACCCGGGGUUCACUAGACCCCGAGAAAGGAAUUCGGCGCCAUACGGCCAAGCCUGCAUCAACUGCUCUCGCGCUAAAUGCAAAUGUAUACUAUUUUCUCUUGGAGAAGGGUGCGAAAGAUGCACUCGCUUGGGAAAAGAGUGUCGACCUUCGCCAACAGUCCGGAAGCGCAAUAAAGGCUCCUCAAGUUUGCGGCUUACCGAGGUUGAAUCAAAGCUGGACAGUCUUCUAUCUGCUUUGCAAAAAACCACAGGCUCUUCUGGCGUGGCUUAUACCUCCCCUGAUUCAGGCCUAGCCAGUGAAAGUGACAAUUCGCCGCAAUGCCACGCUACCGAGACACCCAGCGCUGCGAUCCCACCGGUCAUUCAAAAUUCACCCACGAAAAUGCUUUUUCUAGCUCCUGGUCCCUCUGGUGUGGCCGAUAAACUUCUCCACCAGUUUCGCACGGAAAACGUGAACUAUCUUCCGUUCAUUUACAUCCCGCCUCAUACCACCUCUCAAGAACUUGCCCGGGACAAGCCAUUUUUCUGGGCAUGUCUCACUGCAGUGCUUGCUCCUAACUUAACUGAGAGAGAGCUCCUGUUCACCAAAAUCAAGGACACUAUUCACCAGAAACUUCUUAUAGACACUGACCCUAGCCUGGAAAUUCUUCUUGGCAUUAUGACAUUCAUCUCAUGGAAAACAUACUCCCCGAAGCCAUUCAUCAACUUUUACAGUCACCUUCUUAUGGGUCUUGUCAGCGACCUUGGUAUAAACAAAGCUGCCUCGAAGGAACAACCAAUAAUGCAAGGAUUUCAACGUGCAGCUGGUGGCAAGACAGAGACUGUCACAAGCAGAACUCUGAAAGAGCGAAGGGCUGUGUUGGGGUGUUUCCUGAUCACAUCAAGUGUCGCGUCAUCUUUGGGAAAAGGUGAUGCCUUGCGUUGGACUCCUCAUAUGGAAGAAAAUCUCGAAAUUCUUGCAGACACGAAAGAGUGUGCAGAAGAUGAAAUACUUGUUUCGCUCGUUAGGAUUCAGUUGGUCGUCGACAAAGUGCAUCAUCUUCGUCGAGACGAGGACCAUAGCUCAACACCCGUGGUUAUGGGACUUUUAAAAUCGCAAUUAAACUCAGCUAAGAGCCAGAUCCCUCUCCACCUAACCCAUAAUAGCGUCAUUCAACUCUACCACGCGAACGCCGAACUUGUCAUCCACGAGAUAUACAUCAAAACCCCCACCAUCUCCCACUGCUCCGACCCCCAAGGACCAAAAAGCCUCCAGAUCUCUCUGCAAGCGACAAAAUCAUGGUUGGAUGUUUGGCUAGCUAUUCCUCCCGAGCACUACAUGGCAGUAUCAUUCACCAUCCUGUUCCAAUUCUGCCGAGCCCUUAUAAACCUCUACAAGCUCUCCACGCUCGACGACCCAGCCUGGGACAAAGCUGCAGUCCAGAACACUGCAAACCUCCUACAUUAUCUAGACACCUUGCACCUCAAUUUCCAAAGAGCGUCCAACCACAUCCACCAAGCCGCGGAAGUGAACAUGUUCGAAAAAGGGGCCAAAAUGAUCUUGUCGAUCAAACAAAGAUGGGCACCAUUGCUGAUUCAGGCUUCGUGCGCUAUGCCUGUCACCGGGGCGGCUGAAGCAUCCUUCGAAUAUACGGCGGAUACUCCUAACGCUUUGCGGCUAGAUGGCAUUGACGAUGCAUGGAUGAUGGAAUUUCUCGGAUCUUUAUAG